GGUUCUCCUCUUUUCCUCUACUGCUGCCAGCUCGAGCUGCGGAGCUCUGGGCGCUGUUCCGGUUGGGCCCGGGUCCGGCGCGGGCGGCCGCAGCCCCGGAAGCGCAUCCUCGUUCCCUUCCUGUUCCCGCGGCGCCGGCUCUGCCGCCUUUGCCGUCCCGGGCGCAGCCGGCGGGGGAGCGGUGGACUCAGCCCUCCGGGACACACCGGGCCUCGCCGGCCCUCGGCCCCCCGCGUCCGGAAGGAGCAUCGGUGCCCAGGGAGAAGCGAACCCCCCGGCGCCCCGUCUGGAGGAAAGUCCCGCGGCGGCUCACGUCGGACCUCUCCCUCACAUUCGCACCCGGCCCGCGUCCGCGUCCGCCGAUCUGCCGGGCUCUUCCCGAGGAAAGAAGGCUUGUCCUAUCUCCUGCGGCCACAGGCGCACCCUCGGAUCUCCUCUUUAAAUGUUUUAGCGCUUAGGUCCCCUUAGAUGACUGACGGGAAUGUGAUGUCUUUACCAUCAUAAGAAAAGGGCACUCUUUAUCCAAAGAGCUGUUUGCUUUGUAUCAUUUUAAACGGGGUGCUUAGAGAACCAUUGCCUUUCGCAACCCUGUUACUCCGUCAGUUUCAUACUUUCUGUGGAAAACCCGUGAGUUCAUCUUCAUGCUGGUUCUCUUCACGAGGUAACACCGAGGCCAGCACAGCAGUAAGCUUCCCGUGUGCUCAGACCAAUCUUCGUAAUACGUCUUCAUUCACAGUCACUUCUGAGCCACCCAGACAUAGAAGCAAGUUACUCUGUGCCCUGAAAGACAGCAAAGGUCCCAGGACCUCAGGAGGUGGCAAGGAAGUGUCCUCUUGUCCUCCUGCCAGUGGGUAGGAGUACUCCAGCGGGGAAUAUUCCUGUGUGCCCCUGCUCAACUGCUGGACCAGAUGCGGGUGACCAGAUGUUUGUGAGCUUAGGGCUCACUCUUCUUCAAACCAGAUACGUUCUUGUGAGAGCCAGCAGCAGCCCCACCCUUUUAGACUUUCUGCUUCUUUUCACCUUUUUUGCGCAUUCUCAAUCACUUACCCCCACAGGAAGCUUAUCCUGUGUCCCAGUGUCUGGGAGAUGGAGAACAAAGAGAGUGACUGGCGACAUGUGACCUCCUGCCACUCUAGCGCACUGCAUCUUGCACAGGAACCUUUUAUUUUAUUGUAUCCUUUAUUCUGCAUUCUUUUAUCGCUUUGUGUAUUAUUGCCCUCCUUCCUAAGUGUGGUGUCAGUAAUCCAGGUCUUCUCUCCAGCCCCAGGGCCCUGUCUCCAGAAGUAAAAGCCGGGAACUUUUCCAGGUGCAGUGUGGGGAAGGCAGAAGCACCCGUGAGCUGGUGAGCCUCCAGGCAUUGCUGCCACCAUGCCGAAGAGAAAAGCAAAAGGAGACGCGAAAGGGGACAAAGCCAAGGUGAAGGACGAGCCGCAGAGGAGGUCUGCACGGUUGUCUGCUAAGCCUGCUACUCCUAAGCCAGAGCCCAAGCCUAAGAAGGCCCCUGCCAAAGGAGAGAAGCAGCGUCGAGGGAGAAAGGGGAAAGCGGGGGCCAAGGGCGGGGACAGCCCUACCAAGAACCCGGAGGGCGUGGCGGCGCGGUCGCAGAAGGCCGAAGGCGCUGGGGAAACUAAGUGAAGGCACAUGCUGCACAGCCGUGUCCUGCUAGUGACUCAACAGCUAGAAAUAAUACUAUCUUUAAUCAAGUUUUACAAAAAUGUAGAACUUUGAUGUUUUUUAAGUUGUUAGCACACAGCACCCUCAGUUGUCCUUUGUGGAAAGGGGAAAUACCACUACUAGAUUGUGUCUGAGAAGCUGAAUAGAAGUGUGAGGGGCUCGGACUUUAUGUCCCGCAGUUUGAAGAUUAUUCUUGGUUCCCACGACAGAGUUUCUGUUGCUCGCUCACAUGAGCCGCUUUGGCACAAAAGCCUUACAGUGCCAGGAAGACGCCUCGCGUCCCCUCCUCCCUCUGCCCUCAGCACAGACGUGACCGCAUUAACCGAGAGCCUCACUGUGGCCUUGGCCUCCUCAGAUCACCGCGUCAGCUCCCAAUACUCAGGCUUCCUGGUGGUGACCCCGAGCCGGUGUCACCCAUGGCUCAAGAUUCCUGUUCUUUGCCUGUAGGCCAUCCUGCAGAGAAUCGUGCAGGUCUUGGCUCACUCCCCUCAUGUCAGAGUUGGCCUCUGAAAAGCUCCCGUGUGCCUCCGGUGACACGUCCAACCCUGUGUGAACUUCUGUUCAGAGCUGCAGCAAAAGGCUUUGUUGACUUUUACAGUGACUUUGGGGGAGGGUAGUUUGGAAGUUGUAAAAUGUUGCAGACUGCUGCCCACGUCUUACUGGAAGGAACUGUUUGUGAAAAAUACCUUCUGAAGCUGGAUACAAGUUGGCUGGAAGGGGAGAUCACUCACUACCCAAAGCCUCAAGAUACUCUUUACUGCCCUGAACUGAUUUUUGUGAAAAGUAUAAAGUAGAAAUUUAACUUAAUUUUUUUUCUGUCUGGAUAAGUAGUAGUCCCCAGUGCCAUUUGUGGAAAAAUGCCUCUUUUCCCCAUUGAUCCCUAACACUGGCUCUUUCCUAAGUCCAGUUUCUGUGCAGCUGUGAGUCUGUUGGUAUCUUCUAUCAAUCUGUCUAACAUUGUGGCAGUACAAUGCAAUCCUAAUUACUACAACUUCAGAAAAUGGUCUUAAUAAAAACCAAGAUGCCUCUACAUUUUAUCCCGACAUUGACCAAUCCCACCUCUAAUAUCACCACCAGAUUUGUCUUUCUUGAGACUGUCUUGUGGCUUUUUACUCAUUUGCUCUCCCAGACAACAUCUAGAAUUAGAUUGACAAGUUCUAAAAUAAAAUACACUGCAAUUUUUAUUGUA